CGCUAGAGCAGCUUCUUCUGGAACCUGCACCGCCGCUACAGCAACCAUGAAGUUGUGCGUCGCUAUCGUGUGCGCCGUGGCUUCCAUUGCCUCGGCCCGACCCGAGCCCCCGGUCAACCAGUACUUGCCGCCUGCGGGCAACUACGCCACUGCCAGGGAGGACUCCUUCGCCCCGCCCCCAACUGCGCUGUCUUCCACCUACGGCGCCCCUGCUAGCGCGUACUCCUCCCCUUCCUCCACCUACGGCGCCCCUGCUAGCGCGUACUCCUCCCCUUCCUCCACCUACGGCGCCCCUGCUAGCGCGUACUCCUCUCCUUCCUCCACCUAUGGCGCCCCUGCUAGCGCGUACUCCUCUCCUUCCUCCACCUACGGUACUCCUGCCGCGGCCUCCAGGUCGACUUCCAGCUUCUCCAGAGGUUCCAGCAAGUCUCUCUCCAGGGCUGGAGGUCUCUCGCGUUCCUAUGGUGCCCCAGCUGUCACCAGAACCAAUGUCAUCUACAGCAAUGCUCUAGCGUCCACGUACGGCGCACCUGCUGCCCAGUAUGCGGUGCCCUUGCCCGUGUAUGGAGUCCCUGGAUAUGCUAGAUACAACCCUGCUGAAGACGAUCUGUCUGAGCCGGCCAACUACCAGUUCUCGUACGGAGUGCAGGACGCCGAGUCGGGCAGCGAGUUCGGCCACCUGGAGAGCAGGCAGGGGGACGCCACCUGGGGCUCGUACAACGUGCUGCUGCCCGACGGCCGCAAGCAGAUCGUGGAGUACGAGGCCGACCAGGCGGGCUUCCGCCCCAUGAUCCGCUACGAGGAGCCCCUGGCCGGCUACGGCCGGGGGGCGGGCGGUCCCUACUAGAGCCCUUGCUGCCGAGCUGCGGGCACGGCGAAUAUCGAGCUAGAUAUACAACUACGAAUUCUUGCCACAUUAACUUUCCUUUCUUUUUCCACAAACAGUAAAUUCAAAUAUUAUCUUUUUAUCGUAAAGAAUUGACAUAAUUAAGUUAUAAAUAUAUAAGAAUCUACAAAUAAUUACUUAUAAUAAGUUUGUAUGUUUUGUUUCUUAGUUUCCUGAUACAUUAUUUAAUAUUUAUUAAUGCACAUGCCACAAAACAAUAAUUUUAAAAAUGUAUAAUUUAUAUAAUUUCAGCACUUUCUUUUGCCACUCUACAUUUAAAAAUAUAUAUUUAUUUAUAUAUCUGAUAUUCAGAUUUAUUCGUGUUUUUUUCUUAUUCAAGUUCUGCGUAGACCGCAUUUUUGUGAUUUGUAAAUGGUUGUGUAAUUUAUAUGUCUGCUUGGUAUAGUACUAUAAAUGAUUUUUUUUUCCUUUUGUAUUCGUGAGACAUUUUUUUAAAAAUAAAAUUUGCUAAACUUA